AUGUUCGGAAAAAUCUAUAUGCUCGCAUCGCUUCUCUCCAUUCUACCAGCUUUCCUGCUGCAAUCACCGGCAAAUGUCUCGGUUGUCGCGGAAAUUUCGACUUUUACCUGGUUCGACCUCGUCUCAAAGGUAUUUGAUUUGGGAACCUAUCUCGCGGAUGCUCAAUGCUUGCAGGAAUCGGAAGUCGCCAACUACUUGGUUCAGAUUGUCGUUUACGUCCUCGCAGGUCGUGACUGUGCUGCAUUGGCUUCGAAUGGAGAGUUUAGCAUUGCUGACGAUGGUCUGAACAAGUACAAAAAUUACAUCGACCAAAUCGUUGAAGAGGCUUCUCAAUAUACUGAUGUCCGUGUUGUUGCUGUCAUUGAGUCCGAUUCGUUGGCCAAUCUAGUCACGAAUUUAAGUGUUUCUAAAUGCUCCGGCGCAGAAGAUGCCUAUAGGGAGGGAGUUACCUACGCCAUGCAACAGCUUCAGCUCUGUCGGAAUCUCGCCACAACUGCGGAUCCUGUCACGUCCGGACUCUACGAGCUUCACUGCCCUUGGCUCCUCUGUUCACUUCCUUUCCCGCCCAUUUUAUGGUUGAUCAAGGAUGUUCCGAUCAACAAGAUAUUCGUAAUGCUUGGGCGACUGGUGUAA